AUGGAGGCCGUGCUGGAGCAGGCGGAGCAGCUCCCCGCGCUGCUGGCUGUGUCCCGCUCCGCGCUGGUGCGUGACUGGGACCCGCUCACUCUGGACCGUGCACUCGACUGGGCUCGGUAUUUCCAGCACCUCCACGAUCGCUUUCGCACCCGCCCUCGGCUCCGGGAAGCUUUGGGGCGGCGGUUGCGGCGGGGACAGCUCCGCUUCGCCCACCUGGGGCGCUGCCCGCAGCUGCUGGGGUUGGCGCUGCUGGAGAACCGCGCUCUGCCGCCCGCUGCCUGCCGCCGCCUCCUCCACCGCCUGCUGCAGCCCCCGCUGCAGCCCCCCGAGCGCCCGCUGCAGCCCCCGCUGCAGCCCCCCGAGCUCCUGCCGCUCCUCGCCCGCCGCAAAGCCGCCGCCCGCCUGCUGCCGUCGCCCUCGCAGGGACAAGCGGAGGCGCAGCUGCUGCUGCGGCGGCUCCGGGAGGAGGAGGAGGAGGAAGGCGAGGCGGCGGGGCUGCUGUCCCGUGCCCUGGAGCAGCUCCCCCAGCCCCGCGCCUUCGAGGUGGUGGCGGCGGCGCUGCUGCUGGUGAAGCAGGGGGGAGACGGGGAGCAGGGGGGUAGCAGCCCAGGGGGAAUCCAGGCGACGGGAAAUGGAUCUGUUGCCGGGCUCCUGCUUUCCUGGCUGUUGGAGAACACGAAGCAGUUUUCUGCUUUCUGCCUUCACCUCCCAGGCUCCCUUCUUGCCUCCCUUGCUAGUCACCACUCCCAGUUAAGCAGAUCUUACCUGGACCUCUUAACCAGCUGGGGAAGCCAAUUGCUCUAUGACCCCUUGCAGGGACUGUGGGUUAAAGGUUGUCCUGACAAAGCUGAGCUGUCCUGGGAGGGGCUGAGGGAGCGCUUCAUCUGCCUCUGUCAGGGAUCUGCACUGCUCAAGGGACAAACCCAAGCUGCUCUGAAACUCUUGAAGGCGCGGGAUGGAGACUUUGAGGUCCGAGGCCUGAGUGUGUGGACUGACUUACUGAUGGAAGUAGAAGAGCAUCUGAAGAAAGAAGCAGAGCACUAAUGCGUGAACACAAAAAGCAACAUGAAAACUUCUGAAAUCCUGCUUAAUUCUGUUUGAUAUGAAGGGCCAGAAAACUGUAUAUCGUUUGAGUCUAAAACUGGGCAUUGAUGUGACUGCUGACCACAAUGUUCCUGACCGCGUGUGAUGUCUGUCAGGAGGCCUGGCGCUUUCUUGUAAUUGCCCUGUUAGUUCUGGUCACUGCAGGAAAUGUCUUCUUUUCGGUACUUCCUGCUCACCUAAUAAAAUGCAGAAAAUGCUUUCUGUUUCAAAUGUAGAAUAAAUUAUUUCUGUUUAAAAAGAAAUCAACAAACUGCACCUCAAGUGUGUUCGUGGUAGUUGUAUCUCUAACUGUUCGCAGCUGACAAAAAACUCAAAGGGAUGAAGU